UUCAUAUGUAAAAAUUACAGCACGUUGACGCAAGCGUGUAUUGGAACACGCCCCACCACGUACGGGUGUCUACCUCGCAAUUGGGCAAUUUUACUCUUUUUCAAAAUCGUGGAUUUACCUGAUAUGACUAUAGUGAAUGUAUAGUUCGCAGUUCACUGUGGCUGAUAUCACCCUACUUUUUAUUUGACCUGGAGGUUUAAAUUUUAAUUGUUCAACACAGGAUAAUGCAAGGAGCGCACGCUGUAUGUGGAUAUGCAUGAAAAGUGAUAAACCUUGACGAUCUUAUUUCACAGCCUUCAAUGUAUUUUCCGGUACGAAAGGAAUCAGUGCUGGUGAUGGAAUUCGUGAAGGUUAAUGACUGGUCAACAUCUGGUUAGGUUAUAAUACUUAUUCUGGUGGAAAGCGAAAAAUACGAUGUCUUGUAGACAAUACCGAAAAACAACUCUCAUCUCUAUGUGCGCCAUCAUAUGCGUAAUGCUGACGAAAUACUACAAUUUCUUAUCUCUGCUCAGUUUCAAACACAUUAUCAACUACCAUAGCGAAGCGAAAACAAAUGUAGUCUUCUCUGAGAUCUGGAAGAAUCUGACAAAACCUCAUCCUCACGGCUCUUAUCCCGAAUCCGUUGACAAACAUUAUUCUCAGGCGAAACAGGACAAGGCAGCAUAUGAUAUAUUCCCCAAGAAGAACGGAUUUUUCAUCGAAAUGGGAGCUUACGAUGGAAAAGUACAUUCGAAUACAUUAUGGUUAGAAAGGAAACACAACUGGACCGGCCUCCUUAUAGAAGGAAACCCUCUUUCUUGUCCCUUAAUAGACCGUGUGAAACGUCACGCCUGGCGCCUGUGUGCAUGUUUGUCUAGUGAAAAUGAAACAAUAUUUAUCAUAGGAAAUGAAUUAGGUGGUUCUGAAAAAAGUAUGCCAAAUAGUCAUAAAGUUCAAUUGCGGGCAAGCAAAAGGACUAAAGUUCCUUGUUUUCAAUUAAUUAACGUUUUACAAAUUGUGGGUGUUUUUCAUAUAAAUUAUUUUUCUUUGGAUGUCGAAGGAGGAGAAAUAGCGGUACUUAACAGCAUGCGGGAACAAUUGAUUUCGAAACAAAUAAUUGUUGAUGUUUGGACGAUUGAAUAUCGGGCGUGGGCGGGACCGAAAUUUGAUUGGCCAAAGGGAGUGGAGAAUCUGGCCAAUCUCAGAGCUUUUUUCAAGGAGAUUGGAGGUUACGUUGAACAUUCGCAGUUGGCGUACGAGACUCAUAAGCUACAGGACGGUCACUAUCUUGAUGCUGUGUUUGUAAAUAGAGAUACAUGGUGUAAAAGUCAUCAACUUUUGCCAGACGGUAAAACGAAGUGUUAAUCAGUAAACACAAAAACUACCUCAUACACCCGUAGAAGGUUCUAUGUUUACGACUUGUCUGUUCGUUUAUUUGUGUAUCUGUGUGUAUGAGUAUAGGUCACGUGUUUAACAUUUGUGUAUCUGUGUGUAUGAGUAUAGUUCACGUGUUUAACGUUUGUGUAUCUGUGUGUAUGAGUAUAUGUCACGUGUUUAACGUUUGUGUAUCUGUGUGUAUGAGUAUAGGUCACGUGUUUAACAUUUGUGUAUCUGUGUGUAUGAGUAUAGGUCACGUGUUUAACGUUUGU